UGAUGAUGAUCAGGCAGAUAUUGAUGGUGAUGAAAAACGUCCAUUACUUUCACUUCGUCGAAAUAGUUCACGAGUAUAUAAUACAAAUAAAGGUGAUCGCACAAUAUCAGCGUUAUAUUUAAGUGGUUUAAAUAAUCAAGAAGGCUUUUUGGAAAUUGAUACAGCUACAGGUACAAAUGUUCCUCAUGAUCAUAUUGAGAGAUCAAGUGAAAGCAUAUUAUUACAAAAAUUGGAAGAUUCUCAUCAAGUUGUAGCAGCAUCGAUGACAAAUGCCGAUCCAUCUAAUCCCGUACCUGUUCCAACCCAAGCAUUCGAAGCUGAACUUAAACAAAAAGCAAAAUUAGUUAAAUUAGGUCUUAUGCGACGUCCUGCAUCGGAAGAAAUUGAUGAUUUUGAUAAAGAAGAUAAUGUAACAAUUAAAUCUAUGAUUAUUUCAAUGGUUCGGAUGCCUCCUCGAUUAUGGAAAUUAAUGAUAUGUCAAGUUAUUGGUUGGAUCGGCUAUUUUGCUACUCAUCUAUAUUUUACUGAUUUUAUAGCUCAAACAGUAUACAAUGGCACAAUGGAAGACCCUAAUGAUGGUGCUGGUUUAGCACGUUAUAGAUUAGGUGUUACCAUGGGUUGCUGGGGUUUAUUUUUAUAUUCAGCUAGUAGUGCUCUUUAUGCUUUUGCUUUGGAACGAUGGUUAGCGGAAAAAUAUUCUUUAAAAACACUUUAUUUUGUUGGUUAUUUUGUAUAUGCAAUUGGAUGUAUGGUAAACUUUUUUGUCCAUGAAAUUGUUGUUAAUAUAGCCAUGUGCUUUACUUUUGGAAUGUUAGUUGUAUCAUUGAAUACUCUUCCUUAUCAUAUGCUUUCACAAUUUCAUGCAGAUGAAUCAUAUAAAAAUAAGGAUGGUACAAAACGUGGUAUAGGUGUUGAUUGUUCGUUAUUAAAUAGUUGUUAUUUUCUCGGUGAAUUGAUAGUAGCUGUGUCUUUGGGUCCAUUAUUAGAACGUACUGGUGUAAAUUAUUGUAUGGUAAUAGGUGCUGCAUUUACAUUGUUUGGAAAUAUAUGUAUGUUUUUUCUAUUCUUUUUUAAAAAUUGA